CCAAAGGCUGCAGGGCUUCACUCCGGCUGGCGUCUCCGCCUCGCACCUCCUGCUCUGCCACUACGAUCUUGGGGGCUGCUGGUCCCGAGUACCAUGUGUGACGACGUCCUGCUGCCCCCCUUCGUCCUGUCCUUGCUGCUGCUGGUGUGGGGGCUGGACCCGGGCACAGCUGUGGGCGACGCAGCGGCCGACGUGGAGGUGGUGCUCCCGAGGUGGCUGAGCCCGGACGACGUGCACCUGCAGACGCUCCGGGGAGCCGCGGGGCUCCGGCGGUGGCGGCGACCCCGAGCAUCUCCCAGUGGCCCCCGUGCAGGGCGAGGAGAGCGCGCCCUGCUGCUGCACCUGCCGGCCUUCGGGAGGGACCUGUACCUGCAGCUGCGUCGCGACCUGCGUUUCCUGUCCCCGGGCUUUGAGGUGGAGGAGGCGGGUGCCGCGGAGAGCAGCACCCACCCCACCGAGCUGUGUUUCUACUCCGGACGAGUUCUGGGCCAUCCGAGCUCCCUCGUCUCCCUAAGCGCCUGCGGCGCCGCCGGCGGCCUGGUUGGCCUCAUCCAGCUCGAGCAGGAGCAGGUGUUCAUCCAGCCCCUCAAUAAUUCAGGGGGCCCAUUCGGUGGCAGAGGACAUCUGAUCAGGCGCCAAUGGUCCUCCACCCCCAGCCCAUCUACCGAGGUCAAGGGAACCGAGCAUCAUUGCGAAGUAGUGGCAGAAAAGAAGACAAGGAAGGGCAAUUCAUCUCGGGACUGGAGGGAGCGGAGGAACGCCAUUAGGCUCACCAGCGAGCACACGGUAGAGACCUUGGUGGUGGCCGAUGCCGACAUGGUGCGGUACCACGGGGCAGAGGCGGCACAGCGAUUCAUCCUCACCGUCAUGAACAUGGUAUACAACAUGUUUCAGCACCAGAGCCUGGGGAUUAAAAUUAACAUUCAAGUCACCAAGUUGGUUCUGCUGCGACAACGCCCUGCCAAGUUAUCUAUUGGACAUCAUGGUGAGCGGUCCCUGGAGAGCUUCUGUCACUGGCAGAACGAGGAGUAUGGGGGAGCACGGUACCUUGGCAAUAACCAGGUGCCGGGAGGGAAGGACGAUACGCCCCCUGUGGAUGCUGCUGUAUUUGUGACCAGGACAGAUUUCUGCGUUCACAAAGAUGAACCGUGUGACACUGUUGGGAUUGCUUACUUAGGAGGCGUGUGCAGCGCUAAGAGGAAGUGUGUGCUCGCCGAAGACAAUGGUCUCAAUUUGGCCUUUACCAUCGCACAUGAGCUGGGCCACAAUCUGGGAAUGAACCAUGACGAUGACCACUCUUCCUGUGCCGGCCGGUCACACAUCAUGUCGGGAGAGUGGGUAAAAGGCCGGAACCCCAGUGACCUCUCUUGGUCCUCCUGUAGUCGAGAUGACCUCGAGAACUUUCUCAAAUCCAAAGUCAGUACCUGCUUACUGAUCACUGACCCCAGGAGCCAGCAUGCCUUGCGCCUUCCACACAAGCUGCCAGGCAUGCACUACAGUGCCAAUGAGCAGUGCCAGAUCCUGUUUGGCACCAAUGCUACCUUCUGCAGAAACAUGGAGCAUCUGAUGUGUGCUGGGCUGUGGUGCCUGGUAGAGGGAGACACGUCCUGCAAGACCAAACUGGACCCUCCCCUGGACGGCACCGAGUGUGGAGCAGACAAGUGGUGCCGGGCUGGGGAGUGCGUGAGCAAGACACCCAUCCCAGAACACGUGGACGGGGACUGGAGUCCGUGGGGGACCUGGAGCAUGUGCAGCCGAACGUGCGGGACAGGAGCGCGAUUCCGGCAGAGGAAAUGUGAUAACCCCCCCCCUGGGCCUGGAGGCGCACACUGCCAGGGUGCCAGCGUAGAACAUGCCGCUUGUGAGAACCUGCCCUGCCCCAAGGGUGUGCCCAGCUUCCGAGACCAACAGUGCCAAGCUCAUGACCGACUCAGCAGCAAGAAGAGGGGCCUGUUGACAGCAGUGGUGUUUGAUGAUAAGCCGUGUGAACUCUACUGCUCACCCCUUGGGAAGGAGUCCCCGCUGCUGGUGGCUGACAGGGUCCUGGAUGGCACACCCUGCGGACCCUACGAGACUGACCUCUGCGUGUAUGGCAGAUGCCAGAAAAUUGGAUGUGAUGGCAUCAUCGGGUCUGCAGCUAAAGAAGACAGGUGUGGUGUCUGUAGUGGGGAUGGCAAGACCUGCCGUGUGGUGAAGGGUGACUUCAGCCACUCCCGGGGGACAGGUUAUAUCGAAGCUGCUGUCAUUCCGGCUGGAGCUCGGAGGAUCCGUGUGGUAGAAGACAAGCCUGCUCAGAGUUUUCUGGCUCUCAAAGACUCCAGUAAGAGGUCCAUCAACAGCGACUGGAAGAUUGAACUCCCUGGAGAGUUCCAGAUUGCAGGCACGACUGUCCGCUAUGUGAGAAGAGGCCUAUGGGAGAAGUUUUCAGCCAAGGGACCCACCACAGUACCACUGCAUUUGAUGGUGCUGCUGUUCCAUGACCAGAACUACGGAAUCCAUUAUGAAUACACCAUCCCUGUGAACCAAAGUGCUGAGAAUCAGAGCGAGCCUGCCAAGCCACAGGAUGCUCUGUUCCUCUGGACCCACAGCGGCUGGGAAGGGUGCAGCGUGCAGUGCGGAGGAGGAGAACGCAGGACCAUCGUCUCAUGCACACGGAUUGUUAACAAGACCACGACCCUGGUGAAUGACAGUGAGUGCCCCCAAGCAAGCCGCCCGGAGCCCCAGGUCCGAAGGUGCAACUCACAUGCGUGCCAGUCCCGGUGGGUGGCCGGUCAGUGGAGCCCCUGCUCGGCAACCUGUGAGAAGGGCAUCCAACAUCGGGAGGUGACUUGCAUGUACCAGCUACAGAACGGCACACAUGUCACGACUCGGCCCCUCUACUGCUCAGAACCCCGGCCGACACCAGUACAGAGCUGUGAAGGCCAGGACUGCCUGUCUAUCUGGGAGGCCUCAGAGUGGUCGGAGUGCUCUGCCAACUGUGGCAAAGGAAUCCAGAAACGGACUGUGACGUGCACCAACUCCCAAGGGAAGUGCGAUGCGUCCACAAGGCCAAAAGCAGAGGAGGCCUGUGAGGAUUACUCCGGCUGCUAUGAGUGGAAAACCGGGGACUGGUCUAAGUGCUCGUCCACCUGCGGGAAGGGGCUCCAGUCCCGAGUGGUACAGUGCAUGCACAAGGUCACCGGACGUCACGGCAGCGAGUGCCUCACUCUCUCAAAGCCAGCAGCCUACAGGCAGUGCCACCAGGAGGUCUGCAAUGACAAGAUUAAUGUGAACACCAUCACUUCCCCUCGCCUUGCUGCUCUGACGUACAAAUGCACACGGGACCAGUGGACGGUUUACUGCCGGGUCAUCCGAGAGAAGAACCUGUGCCAGGAUAUGCGAUGGUACCAGCGCUGCUGCCAGACGUGUAGGGACUUCUACGCAAAUAAGAUGCGCCAGCCGCUUUCUCCACCAAGUUCAUGACGUACAGCGCAAUGCUUGCUCAGUGCUCUGACUCAAGGCCUGAGGCCUGGCAGUUAGUAAGUGGAGCGCCCUCACCCUACCCUGCACACCAGCCCUGCAGCCAGGACCCCCAAAAUACUCCUCUGCUCCCGCAAUAAGGCUGCCUCAAGAAUCCAGUUGCAUAGGGCUAGAGAGGGCACUUGCCAUUGCCAUUAGUCCCUUGAACGUAAUAUAUUGCUAACAGCCACUGGAUGGCUUUCUAAGGAAAAAACUACACCAGUGUCACAAAAUAAUUUUAAUUUCCAAGCUCUAAUGUACCUCAAAGGGGGACACACCUCUGGCAGAUUAUAAUUAUGAGAGAGAGAGAGCAAGAGAGAAAGAGAGAGAGAACAUUUAGUGCUUCUGUCCUGGCUUUCUGUUGACAUUUGAAUUCCUCGGGUUUGAUGUAGCUUUGCAGAAGUGAGAUAGAACAUGAAAAGAGGCUCCAUCCUGAAGGUCAGCAAUGCCCUGGUUGACCAGCCUCUGCUAAUGGCUUCUCGAGAAGAGAGCUGAGCUGCCUUCCUACAAACACAAGAGUCAAGACAUGGCCUCUGCCGAUCUCAAAAACAUAGUCUCAAAAUCCUGGGCCUUGCCUUAGAAAUCUUGCCCCUGAGAGUUCAAACCUGCACAAACCAACAAAAAAUAGUGGUGCAACAUAGCUCUGCAUACCACCUGUGUGGGAGAACAUUCCAGAAGAGCUGGAUUUGGGAAGGCAUCUGCUUUUCAGAGCUAAGCUAUGUACCCCGCAGGAAAACAGGGGGCCUUUCUUCAAGGUGCUAUGAAAUGGGACAUGCUUGCCUGAGGUGCAUGAGGUUACUCCCCGACAUAAAGGUGCCCUCAGCUUCCUCAAGGGUGUACCAGCUCCCACUCUGCCUCCGGGUGCCUCCAGCCAGGCUUUACACCUUAGAUACCUGCCACAUCUUGGCAAGUAGCUUUCCCUUGCCAUUGGCCUUACCUCUGAAGUUAGGGUGAUGUUCAAGCCAUCUGAGGACCCAUCAGUCAGUCAGUCCUGGGUUCUGCAGCAUAAGGCUUGACUUGAAUAUCUGGGGCCAAGAAUGGUGUG